AUGUCUAUUGUCAGAGUCGACGCUGAGGCGGCGAGCGUAGCUGUAGAGGAUGUCGUGGACAUUGCUGCCAAGGGGGGCAUCAAGCUAUCGGAUCAAAUGGCGGCGGAUUUCGUCACGCUCGUCAGCGGUCUCGAAGCCGUAAUCGCCAACCUGCCGGACGACAGCUGUGUCAUGCCCAUUCCGGACCUCAGCAAGUAUCCACGAACUGAUAUUCACGUCCCCGAGGACAACAAUCUCGGCGGGUGGGCAGCAAAGGUUACUGCAAAAUGUACAGCGCCGACCAGCGACUUGCUCAAGGGCCGAACGAUCGCAUUGAAGGACAAUAUAGCGUUCGCCGGAGUGCCAUGCACAAACGGGACGUCGAUGGUAGAGUGGACACCGAAAGUCGACGCCACCGUCGCGACUCGGGUGAUGGAUGCCGGAGGUACCAUCGUCGGCAAGGCCGCAUGUGAAAAUGCCUGCUUCGAGGGCCUAUCCGCGUCCGCCAGUACCGGCCAUGUACACAACCCUUGGGCUCAGGGGUUCAGUGCUGGGGGUUCCAGUAGUGGCUCCGCCCGCCUCGUUGGGACCGGUGCUGUAGACAUGUCCAUCGGCUGCGACCAAGCCGGCAGUAUCCGAAUCCCUGCGGCUUCCUGUGGAAUCGUCGGGCUGAAGCCGACUUGGGGGAUGGUGCCGUACACGGGCAUCAUCAACCUGGAUGCGGCGAUUGACCACGCGGGGCCGAUGACACGUACGGUUCGGGACUGCGCCUUGCUUCUAGAGGCGAUUGCCGGCCCAGACACAUGGGAUGACCGGCAGCUUUUACUGGAGCUCGAUGACGCGAGGCUAAAGUUUGUCAAACCUGUCGACGAGAUCGUGUCGAAGCCACGAAGUAGAAUGCUGAGUGGCAUCAAGAUUGGAGUUCUCCAAGAAGGCUUCCAGAUUGACGGCCAGGAUGAGAACAUUGUCAAGUGCGUCCAGGUCGCCGUCGACAAGUUCGAAACACUCGGCGCAGAGGUGGCGCCAGUCUCAAUCCCCGAACACAAAUUAGCGUCUCUUGUCUGGAUGAGCUCUCUUGCGCUCCCUUGCGGACGACAAGCCUUGUUGGGCGGGAUGGAAGGAAGAAAGCAGCUGUACAUGACUGAUCGUUUGGCUUUAGUUGGCCCCCGCCUCACUCAGCAGCAGUUCGACUCUCUCGGCCCUGGAGCAGCCAACUUGUAUCUCAACCACCUAUGGUUUUCGGAGAAACACGGACCGGCGCAUCAGGGAAAAUGCAUGAACCUCCAGAAGUUUAUCAGCGACGCCUAUGAUAAGGCACUGAAAGAAUUCGACAUCUUAGCCAUGCCUACACUGCCACAUCCAGCUCCGAAACUGCCGGAGAAUGGCUACGAAGAGGGCAUGCUGAAAUUCGCGAUGAGGACAACGGGCAUGAUAACAAACACAUCACCAUUCGACAAUUCUGGACACCCUGCUCUUUCAAUCCCAGUGGGUUUUGUUCCUGCUAGGGAGGAUGCAAAUGUCAAGCUUCCUGCUGGAUUGCAGCUGGUCGCCCGUAAAUAUUCGGACGUGGAUUGCCUCAAGGUUGCAGCUGCCUGGGAGAAAGCAUAUGACUGGAAGUCCCUGUAG